GCGAACUCAAUAGAUCUACCAAUAGCAUCAUCUCAAACUCUGAAUGAACUGUUUUUGCUUCAUCUGAGCCGGCUCCUGAAACGCGAUUGUCGUCAAAGCACAGAUUUCCGAGCACUACACCGUUCACUUGCUUCUUCAUACCUAUACCACAACUUCAGUAUUUCAAUUAUUACCACAUGUCAGGGCCACCGCAAUCACCUUUAUCAGCUCGUCGGCAAUCAAGAGACGACAAUUCAUCCUACACACUCGUCUCGAACUCCACGCACAUUAGCUGCUUAGCUCGUCCCAUGGCCUACAAUGAAAGCGUCGACGAUUUUCGGGAUGUCGAGUAUCCUAUGAUGAAAGGAAAGACAUAUCUGGACCAUGCCGGCUCAACCAUAUAUGCGAAGUCCUUGAUCGAAGAAUUCUCGAGAAAGAUGAUCUCUAACCUGUAUGGAAACCCACAUUCAACAUCAGAUCCUUCACAGCUGUCCGGCCAUAUGGUGGAUUCGAUCCGAGAAAAGACAUUGGCCUUCUUCAAAGCAGACCCGGAGCACUUUGAUAUUGUCUUCACAGCAAAUGCGACGGCAGCAAUCAAGUUGGUAGGAGAAUGCUUUCGAGAUUUGGCAUCUGAGAGCCCGAUGUCGUCAACUUUUUGGUAUGGAUAUCAUAAGGACGCCCAUACGAGCGUGGUCGGAAUCCGAGAGAUGACAAAGGGCAACCAUCAUUGCUUCACCAGCGAUGACGAAGUUGAGAGAUGGCUGAAUAGCUUCCAGAACCCUGCUAUUGCACCAAGCAGCUCUACGAUACCAGGACUUUUCUGCUAUCCCGGCCAAUCGAACAUGACUGGACGAAGACUUCCCUUGUCAUGGACGAGGAAGCUACGCCAAUCGAAUGUGCCUUCUCACCAAAAUACAUAUUCCCUUCUCGAUGCAGCAGCACUUGCCACCGCCACCCAACUAGACUUCAGCAAUCCUGAUGCUGCACCGGACUUCACUGCUGUAUCAUUCUACAAGAUCUUUGGCUUCCCCGACUUAGGCGCUCUCAUUGUGAGGAAGGAAUCAGGUCAUAUUUUGGGAUGGAGGAAGUAUUUUGGCGGAGGCACCAUCAGCAGCCUGACAGUUUUCCACGAGGCGUCAGUACAAAGAAAGGAUGCAACCCUGCACGAUGCUCUGGAAGAUGGGACCUUGCCAUUUCACAACAUCAUUGCGUUAGGCUGCGCCAUUGACGUGCACAUCAAGCUGUACGGCUCGAUGAAAACGAUUUCUCAGCACACUUCCUUCCUUUCGCGGCGUCUCUAUCUCGGUAUGAUCAACCUCCACCACUUCAAUGGCACACCGCUUUGCGUAAUAUACAACGACAUUCCAGACAUAUGCGAGUAUGGCGACCCGGUAACUCAGGGUGGGACAGUCGCUUUCAACCUCAUGAAAGCAGACGGUGGCUGCGUUGGGCACUCCCAAGUAGAAAAGGUCGCCAACGAGAAAGGAAUUUUCCUCAGAUCAGGCGGAUUGUGUAAUGCUGGAGGCAUUGCCAGCUAUUUACAUGUGGAACCCUGGCAAUUCAAGCGGGCGUGGUCGGCAGGACACCGAUGCGGCGAAGAAGGUAUCGAUCUUGUGAAUGGAAAGCCAACUGGUGUCGUUAGGGCCAGUUUAGGAGCGAUGAGUACGAUUGCAGAUGUCGACACCUUUCUAGAUUUCUUGGCGGACGUAUCACUGUCUACAAUGAGUGGCGCGUGACUUUCGAUGUCUUUUGCCCCUAGGGAUGUUUCUGUGGGGUUCGCGCAACA